AUGUCGACACGAAAGCCCUUCUUCAACCAGGAAAACCUCAUCGACACGACCCCCCUCCCCGACUCCGUGCCGAAAGUUCAGGAGAUUGGCGCGACAUCCGCUCCCCUCCUCUCGGCCUCCUUCUUCAUCGGCAACCGCUGCCAGGACUACAACGAUGACUACAUGCAAUGCAAGAACGAGAACCCCGGUCGCGGCGAGUUUGACUGCAUGAAGGAGGGUCGUCGAGUGACCCGCUGCGCGUCCAGCGUGAUCGACGAUCUGAACAAGAGCUGCCUCGAGCAGUUCACCAACCACUGGAAGUGCCUCGACAACCACAACCAGCAGCUCUGGCAGUGCCGCCCCUUUGAGUGGAAGUUGAACCGCUGCGCCUUUGAGAAGCUGAACCUGAAGAAGGUCGUCCCUGACCAGCCCAACAACGUCACCCCCGUCGAGCAACGACCGCAGAUGAUCAUGUCGGAUCGCAAGUUCCGCGCCGUCGAGGGCAAGCCCUUUGUCCCCGGCCAGAGCGAGGAGGCCAAGCAAUAA